UCCUCAGUGACACCAUCUCGCGGCACUAUCGCGAUAUAAGCUCGGACGUUCCGCCAGGUGGUAAAACUCUGUCAGGAUCGCCUUGCAGCUACCCUAUCCACCCAUGUGGGGGUAUCACGACGAGGCAGCAGGUACCCGAAAUGGCUGACUUUUUUUGUCUUGAUGGCGUGUCACGGAACAAUCCGUAUCUUGGUUACCAGGCCGCUGGACGACUGACGACGUUCUACUGAGCAUCUCUCGCUGCAUCGCCCAUGCCAAGUCUGGGUACCCGCCAGGGAGAGAGCGCGAUGCGCGCGCUGCUGUGAGACCCGUCCGUGCCGCCAUGGUCCGUCCCGCCGUCGUUGGGUCUCGUUCGUUGGGCCAUGUCUGCUUAUCAUAUGGGGCCGACCCGUCAUCCGGGCAGCAGCAUCCAUUGCAGCAAGGGAGCGGUGAGCGGCGCUCUCUGGGCGUCCAGAGGGGCUGAUACUACUCGCACCUGUUGCACCUGCAUGGCUGUGCAAGCCUUGAUAGAUAAGUGUCCGACACCAGAAGCCCGAGUUGUCGUCGAGGAGGGAGGGGGUCAUGAACAAAAUGUCCCGAGCUGUCCAACAGAUCGAAACGCCCCGUCGAUCUCAAGCCGAGGGGGCGCUCGGCGAUCGAUAGGGAGCUAUGUACGCACCUCUCACUCCUUGCACACUUGGUCUCACAACUCCCCGAGCAUGUCGGAAUGCUGCGCCGCACACCUGCCGGCAUAUCAAAACGACAUGGGAAGCCGGUGGGGGGAGCUGGGUGCUGCCGGGUGCCACAUUGUUGCAAAUCAGAUGCGAACAAUCAGAGGCUGGCUGAGAUUUCACAGACAGCGAGACACACAAGCAGCGAAAACGGUGUUACGUAUGUACAUCCAUCCUUCCGUACGCUUCACUCCUGUCUGCGUAAGGGGGGGCGGCCAGACGGCAGCCAAGAUUGUCCAGGGGGGCAAGGGUUCGAGAAGGACACGGUUUCCGUGAUCCGGACCGGCGCCCCAUAAGGGACAGGCCGGGCGGAUAGACAGACUAGACUGGCUGGGACGUGGAACGUGAAUGUGGAACGUGGAACGGAGUCGCUGCAAGAUAAGGUAAGUCGAGGCGGGCAGGCAGGCAGGCAGCAAAGC